AUGGCGCCCGGGCCCCCCACCCUCCUGGGCCUGGCGCUCUGUCUGGCCCAGAUGGCCUGCACCCAGCAGGGGACCCUGCCCAAACCCUCCAUCUCAGCUGAGCCGGGCUCUGUGGUGCCCUGGGGGCGGCCAGUGAGCAUCGUGUGCAGGGGCCCUGCCUGGGUUACGACCUUCCGCCUGGAGAAGGACAAUAAAUACAACUACAGCGAUGUGGCUGUCACGUCCGGAGGUGAACAGGAGACGGAGGCCAGAUUCCACAUCACCGUCCUGCGUGAAGACGCCGUCGGGCGUUAUCGCUGCAUCUAUCAAACAGAGUCCGGCUGGUCUGAGCGCAGCGAGGCCCUGAGCCUGGAGGGGACCGAGGAGGCCAUCUCUGCCCUGCCCACAGCUCCCACAGGCCUGUCGACGGAGCAGGUUUAUAUUCUCAUCGGGGUCUCUGUGGCCUUUCUCCUUUGUCUCUUCCUCCUGGUCCUUCUCCUCCUCCAUCGUCAGCACCGGAGAAAACGAGGGCCACCCAGAAGCAAAGACGAGGAGCAGAGACACCAGGGGAGGCUCAGCCCAGCUGUGGAUGUCCUAGAUGGGACCCCAGAUGUGGCCAGCGUUGACAGAUUUCCUGACAUGGAUGGAGAGGUGGGCGCCUCCACCCCUGCUGCAGGAGGCCUCCAAGAGGUGACCUACGCCCAGCUGAACCACAAGCCCCUCACCCAGAGGGCAGCCAGAGCUGUGUCCCCGCCGUCCACAGAGCCCCUGGCAGAGUCCAGCACGUAUGCAACCAUUGCCAGACAUUGA